AAAGAAGGAGCAGGAUCCCACGGCUUGCAACAAGGAGGGACACACGUGAGGAGAUUCUUAGCAGGACGUUUGAGAGACAGGCUCCGAGCCCGUAACGACUCGUUGGACCUGUGCGACCGCAUCUCUUGUUGUCGUUAGGCGCGACUCGCCUCCUCCGUGCUCUCCCGUUCAACGCCUCUUGCAGAGAUGUGGAGACGGGCUUGAUGGCUGAAUGCCAAACUCCGACUCUUUCCUACACCCUGCAUAUCCGCCGGGGAUUUCUUUCAGCGUUUCGUCCUGAUCCACCUGAGCCCUCAUCAAUGUCCUUCCUGUGCGCCUGGCUGCAGGAUAGACACUGCUGUCAACACUCGAGUGAGCCUUGAGGAAUGGCACGGGGAGCUCAUGAUCUGGAUCCCUGGCAGCACUGAGGUGACUGCUGAAUAUUUCAAGACUUUAAGUUGUCUGUCACUUUGCAGCUGCCACCGAUCCCAUAUUUGAUCAUGUAUGCGAUGCAGGGCAGUUGCUGUCGUGAAGGGAAUCUUUUUUUACACAAGAAGACCCAGGGGAACGAGCAAGGUAUAAGAUGCAGGGUGCUACAUAAAAGGUCAAUCGAAGCACGACAGCAAUGAAGGAUUGCGCCCAUUCAUGAAGAUUUAUCAGCCUCAGUAGCCACACACAUAUGCAGCGUUGUGUUUUGUAGCAACACGAGUUUUAGUGACUGCUGUGCUAAAAACAAUUGCUUGUGGAGAAUAUCAGUGACUUCAAAUAAAACCCCAAACAAAGGAAAAGGCAGAUAUGGGGGAUGGAUGAAUCCAACAGUCCCUGCGCUGACGUAAGGAGAAACUUGAGUUCCUUCCAUGUAAGUUUUUUUGGUCUCAGUUGCACCGUCAGAUUCUUCCGCAUCCCAACACGCUGAUAAACUGUCAGUAGUUCACGUCCCUGUCUCCAGUUUCAUUCAUCUACCUUGUGUCAACUGAAGCCUGACCCCAUGAGCGAAGGCGGCACCCUGCAGCAACGCACCACCUACCUCAUCUCCCUAACCUUGGUGAAGGUAGAGGCAGUAGAGGAGAAUGGAGGCGAGGUCCAGAGCAGCACCGCGGGUAGGGAGGCCACAGCAAGAUCGAAGAACCAGUCAGAGGAGAGCCGGGCGGAAAAAGCCCGGGUGAAGGUGGAGACUGAAGUACAGAGUGGACCUGGAGAAACCCAGGCCCGACCACUGGGAACUGAUGCUUCUGUCUUAAUGGGCAAAGAUGAAGGGAUGAAACCGCAGAGCACUUUGAAAGAUGAACCCCCAUGCACUGUUGAGGCCCCCAGAACUAGCAGUGAGAAACCACUGUGUAAACUUUCUAUACCCUUCCAGCCAGAGAGAGACCCAGCGCCAAAAUCUGCAGACACAGAUUUAACUCAAGCAGAGAAAAUACAUUGCACUCCUGAAGAAAAGCAAUCCUGGCCUCAUUUUUACAACAGUCUACUCCCAACAGAGAUGGGAGAACCCAUUCGUACACCGACCAGAACCAGCCUACCUAUUCGUCCUGUAGGCCAGAGGCCGAUGAGUCUGCUCAAAUCUCACAGCAGUGUGGGCCCGCGUGGCCGUGACUGCAGGGAGGGUCGUGAGCGCAGCCCGACCUCAGCCCAGAGUCUCGAUCGCAAGGACUGUCGAACGGCUACACGCUCUCCGGGCCCUUGCCGGGCCUCGUGGGCUGAGGCCAGCGGGACCGAAGCAUGGAGGGACCUGCGGGAUGAGGUCCAAACUGGGGCACAGCUGGAGACUGGAGGCGGGAUGGCUGCAAUGCUCAGAGACAUGCCGCGCAAGGAUAGACUGAAGUCAGGUUCGACCUCUCUACCUGCACAAGUUACCCAGGUAAGCAAACCUCCACGCAAGGGGAAGAGUCGCACUCUGGACAACAGCGACCUGAACAGCCUUUCUGAAGACUUGGUUCGGAACAGCGAGGCCCAGCAGGGCCAGCGCGGAGCCUCGAAAGAUAGGAAGAUGUUGAAAUUCAUCAGCGGCAUUUUCACCAAGAGCAAUUCAGGUGUGGCGGGCUCAUCGACAACGGCUGCUCCUGUCUUCAUUCAGAGGGAUUCCAGUGAGGAGGAAGUAAACAUCAGCAACAGCCAGGAAUGGAGCCUGAGCAGAUCCAUCCCGGAGCUACGACUGGGCAUACUGGGAAGUGUCAAAAGCGGCAAGUCAGCCUUGGUGACCAAAUACAUCACAGGCACCUACGUUGCGCUGGAAAAACCUGAUGGUGGCAGGUAUAAAAAGGAGUUGCUGGUGGACGGACAGAGUUAUUUAUUGCUGAUCCGAGAGGAAGCCAGCCCACCUGAUGCGCAGUUCAGCAGCUGGGCGGAUGCAGUGAUUCUGGUGUUCAGCCUGGAAAACGAAGACAGCUUCCAGGAGCUCUACCGGCUCUAUGGCCAGCUCGGGGCGCGCCGUACAGACGUCCCCAUCGUCGUCGUCGGGACACAAGAUAAAAUCAGCAACACCAACCCACGCGUAAUUGAGGACCAAAGAGCCCGCCAGCUGUGCAUCGACGUGCGUCACUCGCUCUUCUUCGAGACCUGCGCCACCUACGGGUUCAAUGUCGAUCGAGUGUUCUCGGAGGCUGCCCAGAAAAUUGUCGCUCAGAAGAAGCAGGUGGCACUGCAGGCCUGCAAGUCCCUCCCAAACUCUCCGAGUCACUCUGGAGGCUCCACGCCGGGGUCGGCCUCCUUCCCUGGCCAGGUCAGUAACGGCGUGAGCGGCGGCUACGCCUGCUCCCUGCCCUCCACCCCCGUGUUCGCCCACAGGGAGCUGAGGGCGGCCCAGGGGGAGGGCGGCAGCAGUUCCCGUUCCCUGAAGAGCAUCCCCCGAAGACCCUCGCUCUUCAAGAAUCGGGACUCGGAGAAGAGAGUCGCUGACACCAAAGGAGACACGAGCGGCACCCGGGCGGUUCCGAUCAAGCAGAGCAUCUUGUGGAAGAGAAGCGGCAGCUCUCUGAACAAGGAGUGGAAGAAGAAGUACGUCACCUUGUCUAAAAAUGGCACACUGUGCUAUCACUCCAGCUCCAGCGACUACAUGCAGAAUCUGCAUGGAAAGGAGAUCGACCUUCUUCGAGUGACAGUGAAGGUUCCUGGCAAACGUCCCCCGAGAGCCGUCGCGCCUGCGGGCCCCUCGCCUGUGCCUCCCGCCCCCUCUGAAGAUACCAGGCUCAUUAACGAUCCGGCAGCUGCGGAGAGCACCGUUCCUCAGUUGUGCCCUGCUACCCUCUCGGUGCUCGAUGGCCGUUAUGCAGGAGGAGAGCGAGGCCUUCACCGCUGCUCCUCGUCUUUGUCCACCAAAGCACAAAGUGUCGAUGCCCUCGAAGGGGCGUCCACACCUUUUUCUAGUAAAGAUGCUGGCCAAUCAUCUCCCAUGAGUGACCGCAAGAAGAACAGGAGGAAGAAGAGCAUGAAUCAGAAAGGAGACGCAGCUGUCGGGCAGGCCGAAGAUGAAGAAAAUGCUGACUUUAUCAUCGUGUCGUUUACUGGACAGACGUGGCACUUUGAAGCUCCCAGUCUAGAGGAGAGAGACUCGUGGGUGUCAGCCAUUGAGAGUCAGAUCUUGGCUAGCCUGCAGUCGUGUGAGAGUGGCAGAAACAAGGCGCGGCGCAGCAGCCAGAGCGAAGCAGUGGCGCUGCAGGCCAUUCGGAACACCAAAGGCAACAAUCUGUGUGUGGACUGUGAAGCACCAAACCCCACUUGGGCCAGUCUCAACCUGGGUGCACUGAUCUGCAUCGAGUGUUCGGGAAUCCAUCGGAACCUAGGCACUCACCUGUCUCGGGUGCGCUCGCUGGACCUCGACGACUGGCCCGGAGAGCUGACGCAAGUGCUGUCCGCCAUCGGGAACCACAUGGCCAAUAGCAUCUGGGAGGGCUGCACUCUGGGCAGGGUCAAACCCACGCCGGCGGCUUCACGCGAAGAGAGAGAGUCGUGGAUUCGUGCGAAGUACGAACAACGGGCGUUCGUGCCGCCCCUCCAGCCGCGUGUUGACGACAGCCUGCCGGCACGGCUGCUGUCGGCAGUAACCGAGCGAGACCUGGCGCGCCUCCUGCUUCUCCUCGCCCACAGCAACAAGGAGCUCAUUAACUCGCCGCUACCCGCCGUCGGGACGGCCCCGCAAGGCAGCACCGCCCUGCACGCCGCCUGCCUGCUGGGGGACGUGGUCAUGACACAACUCCUCAUUUGGUACGGAAUUGACGUGAAAUCGAGGGACCACCAGGGUCAGACAGCCAUGAUGAUGGCGAGAAAAGGCGGGAGCAAAGGCUGCGUUGAUCUAUUACGCCAACACGGUUGCUCCAAUGAGACUUCCCCUGCCGUCGCCACACCCGUCCUCUCCCGCCGCUCCAGCACCGCCAGCCUGGGCUGCAGCAGCUCCAGGAAACACACCCCGUAGCCCGACCGUCCGGUCAUGGACGCUGCUGCGAAACUUUAAUCACACUCGAGUGGCUCGCAAGAGAAAACAUUGGCCUAUUAAGCAGAGGUGGGGAUUACGGUCACAUGACUUGACCUGGGUCAGACCUAAGUCACUAAUUUGAGGACUUCAUACUUUCUUGGCUAAAACUUUGACACGACUUUGACCUGUUGUUCUUGAGACUCUGCUUGUCUUAGUUCUGGUACAUACAUAUAGUAAAAACAGUCUGCCUUUCUUGGUCCUAAUAUUACCUCUUCCUGUCCUCUAAGAUGAUCCCUCAAGGAUCCUGUGGUCUGAGGUAAGGCUGACUGUGUUGUUGUUCCAAUUAGAGUCCCAAACUGGUCAAAGGCCAACAAUCAUAAACAUUGAACAGGUUCAAUAUUGAUAAACAAAACUUUUCAUGUGUGAGUAAAGACAACUUGUCCCAAGCUCGCACUGCAUGGAUUGGGACUUGAAACUGAAUGUAGCCAAUCAAGGAGUGACCUGACUGACGAACAAGUAAGGGGUCAUAAAUCAAAACAAACAUCCCCCACCCGGUCAUUUUUUUGCAUUACCAGAUGGCAAAUAGUACUUUCUUUUUACUGAUAGCAUCGCCAUUCUACAACACACCCACCUCUGCCCCCGACAGAACCACCUGGGAAACAUCACCGCAACAUAUCAGAAGUCUCUCCUCUUUGGUCUUGUAAACGAUUAGUGUGAUCACACGAGAAUUCUGUCUUGGAGGACUGGAUUCACCAUUGGUUGUGGAACUGAAUCGUUGUGUGUAGUGUUCUCUGUUGGGAUGAUCGAAGCACACCACUCACAGUAGCACCACAACUGUGAAAUGCCUAAUUUUUACCUUUAAGCGUGGGCUCCGUAACAAAUAAACCAUCUUUUAUUACAUGGCAAAUCCCUACAUCUUGAACUGCCUUUUCAAGACAGUUUGCCAUCUGUUUUGUUUGUGAAAGAAACUACAUAUCUUCUUUUCCUGGUCACAGCGUCUUCACAUUUUCCAUGUCACCUUAUCUCCUGCAUCUUCCUCUCUAACACCAACUGCCCUCAUGUCUUCCCUCACGACAUCCAUCAACCUUCUCUUUGGUCUUCCUCUCACUCUUUUGCCUGACCCCUUCAUCCUCAUAAUCCUUCUAUCAAUGUACGGUACUCGCUAUCUUUCCUCUGGACAUGCCCGAAUCAUCCAAGUAUGCGCUCCCUAACUUUGCCUCCGAAAUACCUAACCGUAGGUGUCUCUCUAAUGAGCUCACUUCUAAUCCUAUCCAACCUGCUCACUCCUGGAGAGAACUGCGAUAUCUUCAUUUGCGUUGCUUCUUGUCCUCUCUUCAGUGCCACCGUCUCUAAUCAGUACAUCAUGGCUGGCCUCACUAUCUUAUAAACUUUGCCCUUCAUCCUAGCAGAGACUCUUCUGUCACAUAACACACCAGACAUCUUCCGCCACAUGUUCCAACCUGCUUGGACGCGCUUCUUCACUUCCUUAGCAUGGUGUUUGGCUAAUGCUUUUGCUAACAUGGGUCACAGUAAAAUACGAGAGGGGUAAACAAGUAACAUAUACUGUACAUAUACUUACCAGAUAAUCCAACUCGCCAUUCUCCAGCCCGCACUCUUUUUCGUACGGUCUCCGUAUUAGCAGUAGCAGGAGUUAUCAAAAAAACUUCAGUGUGGCCACUAACAGUGACAAUCAUUUUAUUCUUCAUUGUUGUGCUCAACCACUCCAGGAUGUUGUGUGGAUUCCAAAUGCUGAUUGGGUGUGGCGAGUCGACUCUGUGUCAAACUAAUUUAUGUCUCGAGUUAGAAUUUACCAAGUGGAGUGAAAUGCAAAAAGCACAUUUGUGCACGUCUGCUCAACACCACAUGCACAGUUUGCUUUAUCUUGCUUCAAUUUGCUUCUAUUUAUGAAUUUCUAUUGAGUUUGUAUGUAAUCACGGCAACAGUGAAAUUUGCAUUUGGUAUGAUUGCAGCCCGACACUUGAGACCUACUUAUGGCUUGUACAUAUGUGACGUCCUCCCACCUCUGGUAUGAAGUCAAACGAAGCGUGUCUGAAGACUGAGCAACAUAUCAAACCACCUGAAGCAAUAUUUUUUCGUUGUGCUGACGGCAGUCGUUAUCGUCAUCGAGCUCAUCCCGGAUGAUUUCCGUCGACUCCCCGAAGCCGACGAUCUGCUCGUGUUUGACAUUCUCCAGAACAAGUGCAAUAAUUUGGCUCGAGGGGAUCUGUUCAACUGUUCAAGUCUGCUGAGGAACGGUUUCUUUUUUUGUCUUAGCAAAUGAGACGUGAAGCUAUAAUACAAUAUGUCUCCCUGUCGCGCGUCUGUCGCCUCCUUAUGAUGGUGGCCUUGGCCUUAAGAAGCACUCGGGGUCAACUGGUGUAAGUAAUUCUAGAAGAUGGACUACUUUGUAACAUGAAAUAUGUCAAUGUAUGUUUCUGUUACUGUUCAAAGAUAAGGUGUUUUAAAAUAUAGUAAACGAAUCGACACACUGUAUUCACUGUAACAAAUUAUACAAUAGAAAGUGAUCAGGCAGUUUUUUAAAUGAUUUCGUAAAUGCUGUUUUUAAAAGCAUCUGUUCACUUGUUUAUUUUUCAUUAUCUUUUUAUAAUUUCAUGACAAUACAGUAUACAAUGUAUGGACUGAAAUCUCCUUUGGGACAUUCAAAAAUGACUGAAGAUGAGGAGAAGCUAUUCCAUUAUUGAUAUCAAUUUCCUGUUGUGUUGGUCUACCCCGUGAGUUCUUAGAGUGACGAAUGAAGCGUUGUUAUUUCGGACACUUUGUGGUCAAGCGAAUCCCCCGUGAGCUACCGCAAGUAGUU